AUGUCGACAGCAUCCAAGGUGACCUUGGCAAGCACCAUUGCCGGCACGAUUGGCAUCGUUUAUUUCGUACACUGGGCCCAGACGGCCGAGAAAGCGGCUAUGCAUGCCGGAGUUAUUCGUGAUAUGGAGCAGCAGAGGAUCAAGAAGGAGCGGCAGGCGGACUUCGAAAUGCAGAGACAGCUCGAGGAGGAGUACAAGAAGACCCAGCAAGUUCACGACAGUACUGGAUGA